AUGUUCAGGCUAUUGAUCAGCUCUCUUGCAUUGUGGCAUACAGCGUCUGCCGCCACCAACUACUCAAUCUCUGCGGUAUCAUGGGCCCCACCUCAAAUGAAUAUCUUCGGCAUCGCUCCGGACUCAUCCGUCUGGCACAAAUUCUACACUGGCUACGAUUGGCAGCCAACCGAAGGCUUUGAAAACCUGAACGGCCAGUGCACCAGCGGCCCGACUGCUAUCUCGUGGGGACCCAACCGCCUUGACUACUUUGUCCUUGGCACCGACAGUGGAGCCUACCACAAAUUCUGA